AAUCAGGUAAACUGUCACAUCCUAUCGCUUCUGUAGCUUACUUUAUAGGCUUUUGAAUAAUGAAAAAAUCCAAAGAGCUAUGGGGACACGGAAGGUAUACAAAAGUGGAAGAAAAAUAAUUUUUCCCAACAUGCCUAUAUGCGUGACUCCUGCUUUGACUCUCAUAUAAUACACACUUUCAACAUUUUAUCUCCAUAUUGAUUUUCUCCUCUUGCACAAACUCACGGUGUAUGUAAUUGAAAAGGCAAACAUUACGAUGUUUUUCAAUAAUUAUGAAAAUUGUAUUAAUGAAUGUAAUGUAAAAUCGUUUUCUUGUGCGAAUAAAAGGCAAAAUGGGUGUUAUUUAAGGUAGUACAUUACCUACAUAGAACAAAAGAGACAAUGUGAGCUGUAAUGAGAAUUAAUUGGAAAUAAUGUUUAAAACAAUUUUAUGAAUUGGCUCUUUUGAAUAUUAAUGUUUAGAGAGGGAGUUGAUGCUGUGUGGUUAUGGGCUGGAUGGGUGGAUGAGAAGGGAACGGGGGAAGAAGAAAUUAAGAAAAAUACGCUGUAAGGUUGAUGAAGGUGUAUUUUAUUUAAAUUAAAAUGGAGUUGUUUUGUUUUCAUUGCAUGAUCAUAAAUAUAAAUUUUACUCAUUUAUUAGUUAAUCAUCCAUUGAGGAGAGUAUACCUUUGCCAAUUUGAUUAGCUAUAUAGUUUUAAAUGAAUAAUAAUUGUUAUUCAGUGUGGAUUAUUUUAUGCAAAAUAAUGUGGGUCAAUGCAGAUGGCAAAUAAUUUCAUGUGUUCUUGUCAUUGUUGGUAAAAUUGAAGAGGCGUUUCCAGCUAUGCGUCCGUAGGCUCGAUUAUUGCAAAAGUGGCAUUAAGAGUUUUCUAUAUUUGAUCACAUUUCUAUAGGAUAAAUUAUUUCACGCACAUAUAAUUACGUGGUUUAUUUCUAUUGAUUUUUUCCCCGUAAAGAAACAUUCCUUCGCAGUAUUUUGUAAUUUUAGUAAUUUCAAUGGAAUCGCAUUUUGGCACAGAAGAUGUUUUAACAGAGAAUAAAGUCUUUUAAUUGAUUUUUCUCUAAGAAAAUUCACAAUGAAUUAACAAUCUUGUCAACGAAAUCCUCUCUCUAUUCAACGUGAUUCCUGUAUUUUAUAAUAAUUAGAUUUUCACGAAAUUUUACCUAAUCUCCACUAGAGUUUAUAUAAGGUACCUAUCUACCUAUACAUAAAUGCUUAAUGGAGAAGAUUGUGUGCAGAAAGGUGCGAGGAAACGGUGAGGAGCGAAUGUUGUUGAAAAUAUCUUGCACUAAUAGAGUGUGUCCCACUUUAGAUGUUUACCAAUUCCAAAGAGUUUAUCUUAAAAACUUUCUCACAACUUACUACACUAUAAGUCGCUGUUGAGUUGCAUUCCAUGUGCGAUGAAUAAUUUCAAUAGAUUUUUGGAAGAGAUGCAUUGAACAUUAAAAAAAACAGCUCUAAAACAUUUGCAAAUUUAAUAAUAGAAGAGGUAGAAUAUGAAGAUUAAAUCUCGGAAGUAUAAGAAAAAAACAAAAGAAAAGAGCAUAGUUCUUCGCAUAUCUGAUACGGGCAAUUUUGUAUUUACAAAGUUUUCCUUUUUCUCAAGAUUUAGCAUAUUUUCCAUAGCAGCAAUACGGAUGGCAGAAGGAGUCUUCCUUCGCCAUUUAUUAUAUGCAUUUUCAGCGGAAAAGAGAAAUCAAAUAUUGUUACAUAAAUUCAAUAGUACGAUAUAAGAGCAAGUGAUUGAAAAAUUUUGCAAUAUUUUUGCAUUAUAUUGAUUCCAUUCACCUUAUCUUUCUUAGAUUUUCUUCUGACAAAUUCUCGUGCAUAUCGUUUGUAUUCUUCACGAUUGUUAUAUACAACAUACAAAAGCAUAUUCUUGAAUCAUAUGGAUUGUACAAAAGGUAGAUUAAUGGUUAAAAUAUUUAAAUUCAUCUUAUCUACAUGUUGAAUUUGUAAACCAACUGAUAUCUAUUGCAGAGAAAGAGCAAAGGAGUUCAUGCGAAUUAGUAUGAGAAAACCCUUUAUUAAAGAAAACAAUCCACACAAGCAUAAUCUUGUGGGAGAAGCGGGAAACAUUUUAAAAAUCUCUAAAUAGACUUUUCAUUCUCUGCUAGUAUCAGCUGAAAAAAUUAGCUGCAAAAAUUCUCACAAAAAUACAAACAAUAACGUCACUGAUGUGUUUCUUGCUUGACUCUUUAAAUACAUGAAACAUUCAUGUUAAUGUUUCAUUUAUGAAUUUUGACAAAGUAUUUUUUUAGCACUUAAAGAGACAGAAACACAUUGGUGACGUCAUUGUUUGCAUUUAUGGACAAAUCUUUGUCGAUUUUUAUCGUAGGGGAUCCGAAAAGAAAAUUAGAAAUCUCUGGAGAUUUUUUAUUCUGGUUUUCGUAUUCUCUAGAAGUCUACGCGUACACUCAGAUUGUUUUCUCUAAUAAUGAGAUUUUCCAUAAAGAAUCGAAUAAUCUCCUUUAAUAUUAAAGUAAAUUCUGAAUUACAUUCUUUUUAAACAUAACUUUUUAAGUAGUAAUUAUAAGGUAUGGAACUCUUACGAUUAAUAUUUUGUCGGAAAUAACAUCCUUUUGUGUGUUUAAAUAAAGUUCAAGUUGUAGAAUGUCGAUCAAGAGAGCGAGAGAGGAAUGGAGUUUUAGCAAGAAAAACAGACGAAUCAAAUUGAAAGUGUAAAAGGAAGAAGACACGGGAAAUGUGUUUCUGUGCAAAUCUCCGGAGCCAAUUUAUUAGUUUCCUAAAGUUUAUAUCUUUAUUGGUUGUAUACACAUUAUAUACACAAUUGGGUUAAGUAAAAAGUUCCUCACUGAGGGAUGUUUUGAAGUGUGUAGACUUUUGAGAAGUUUGAUUGAUUUCUUUUCUAGAAAAUUUUUCUUCAUAAAAUGUAAGAAACAUUUAUUAAUUUUAUAAGUUACAGUAACAAUUAUUCUUGAAUUAAUUUUAUCUCAAGUUUUAUCUUGUGGUCAAAGCAUUAGUUUGACUCUUGAUUCCUUGAAUCCUUUAUUCGUUUUCCCCCAUUGGAUUAUUACCACAUUGUAGGGGUUGCAAUUCUGCAUGCUCUCCCUUAUCUAAAGUGCAAUCAGUGCUGCAAUUAUAUAUAAGAGAAACUUCUCAUUAUUGGUUUAAUUUUAACCGCAUAGAACAUACUUGUGGGUGCAUAGUCAAUACUGAUAAUUUAGUAGUACAAUAUAGGUAUAUGUUUGAUGAACUUUAGAGGUUAAUAAGAGAUCUAUAUACAUAGGUAGGUAAAUUCACACAACCAUAUUUCCCAGAAGAACGAACAUAAAACCACAAUUGAAAGUCAAUCUUCCUUUUGAAUUGGUUUCAUUUUUCGCGAAUGAAAGCAAAUGUUAUGGCAAAUAAUACUGUUUAGCAAAAAGAUCCAGCAAAUAAAUGGAAACGAAUUCAAGAAAUUUAUUGAGCUUGAAAAGCUAAAGCAUAAUUCAUUGCAUCAAAUUCAUUUCUUAAAGAGUUUUAUCAUAUAAUAAAUUAAUAAUUUACUACUUGAUCUUAUAUUUUAUUUAUAUACGAAGAAUUCUAUUUAGUGGAGGCAAAAGAAGAUGAGAAAAUUGAGACAAAAGAGACCCAAAAAGCUCAAGAAUUUUGUCCUUUUCAGUUCUUUCAUCAUCAUUAUUAUAAAUAAGAAAAAGGGAAGAUAUACAACAUUCCAAAAUUUUGUGUUUGCUUUGGAUAUUAGAGAGUGUGAGAGUUGAUUUUGAUUUUCCUUUUACAGUGUCGUUGAUAAGUUUGUAUGGGUUAGGAACAAAAACAUUGACCAUUUUGAGAUACAGGAUAAAGUUAUAUAGGAUUGCUUAUAUGGGAAAUUGUUUACUUUGUUUGGGAUAAAUCAUGUAAAUUUCCUUAGGAAAACAUACACACAAGUUUUCCUUUCUAUAUAAUAAGAAAAUGUCUUUCUAUCUCCCUUCAAUGGAUUUUGUAUGUCUUCCCAUGCUACAUGUAUGUAUGGUAAAACAUCCUUCAAACUUUAUCGUUCGACUUACUUUAGCAAAAUAAUAUCGAUGAUGGGAGAUGACGAAAAGAGUCAUGAUGAUGAAGAAUUUUACGAUGCCACAGUCUGCUUUUCUAACACAUAAAACUAAAGGAAUAUAUGUGGAGUUCUUUUUUUCGCUUUCUCCAAACAUCAUCAAAAAAGAUAACCGAUAGAGGAGGGAAUAUAGCAAAGUACGAGAUUGUCUGCCUUUAGUGGUUCAAUUAACUUGUCUCUCUCAGUUGGGAAAGAGAAGAAAAUUGUUACCCUAAAUGGCAUGUAUUAUAUACUUAGGUACCUUAUUGUUGCCAUUAGUGACAAAAGAAUCAUUUUAUGUGAACCAUCUUUGCAGUGUUAAUUCACUAUAAAAUGAUUGAGAUAAUAAAAUUUAAAUUGAUCAUUCAGUGGCGUUUUUCAUGAUAUAAACUUCAAUAAGAUUUAUAUUAUUGAUUAGUCUGAUUAGUGGAAUUAGUUUGUGGAUAUAGUGGCUAUUUUAGAUUUAAAUUAUGUGCUUUGGUGGAUGAUAAGGGAGGUUGUUGACCUGUUACGCAUCAUGUGACACAGGGUAAUCCCCAUAAUGAGUUUAUUCGAUGAGCAAUGUCCCCUUCAUUCAAUUUUUAUUCAUCGUUAUAUGCAAUGCAAUGUUAUAUAUACAUAUAUAGCAAUCAUUUUACUAAAAUGCUUAAUAGAGUACCUAAUUCUAGUUUUGGACGUGAAAAAAUGAUAAACAUAAAAAUUCCUUUAUAAAAAAACUAAGAAAAUAAACUAUCAUAAUAUUUAAUUUUCUACUACCUACCUACAUACAUAUAUCCAUUUCCUAAAUCUCUUUCAAUCUUUUUGUGCCAAACUCCAUUUUUUAUACACAUUACUAAUCCAUUAAUCCCCCAUUUUAGGUUGCCAACUUGAAAAAAAAAAAAGGAUUCCGUCCUUUGGACAUGAAUGUAAUUUAUUAAAUGAAAUGCAAAAUUCCUACACUAACUUUUAGUCAGUCAGUUUAUUCUCUCUUUAACCUUCUGCACCGUGUUUUUUUGUAUUAUUUUCUCUUCUUUUUUAAAUUCAAUUGAAGUGAUAGAUUUAGAAAGGAAUCAAUGUGAUUUAGGGGAAGAUAAAUCGUAACACGAAUAGGUUUUCCCCUAAAAACGUUGGAUAGACACUGAAAUUUUUCCUCUACAGGAGUUAACGUUAAGAGAUUUUUUUUAUUGCAUUUGUGAAAAUGCUUCUACACAUUUUUUUUUUGAAAGAGCACAUGAAAGAAAAGACAAUUGAUGUAUUAAUAAAAGCGACAUUUUUCUCCAUUUUCAUUGAGGUGGUGUGGAGGAAGAGUAAAAAAAAAUAUGGGGAUGGUGGUUUGGAAUUUUAAACAAUUUUUACGUACGUGUUGAGAAGUUUUUUUUCGUGUGUUAUGUAUUUUAUAUUUUUCAAGCCCAAAUGGAAGGGAAAAUGUUGGAAAAUUGAAGGGAUGGUCAUAGAGAGAAAAUGAAGAAAAACGUGAAAAAGAGGAAAAAAAUCGAAGUCUCUCUUAAAAAAUUCAUAGACAUUCGGUCGACACGCGAUGUGGCCAUUAUUUCGUAAUCAAUUCGUGUGUAAGUAAAUUAACAAUAUGUGAGAGAGAAUGAGAAAAAUGGUUGUGACUCUUCUAGUAGUAGAAGAUGGUUUAAGAGGUAGUAUAUACCAUACCAGGGAAAAUUACAUUUGGUACAAACAAUCGAUGUUUGAACAAUAAUUGGUAAUAGUGAUGUAAAGUAAUUGAGGGCUCUAUAAUUAUUUUUUAUCUGAUUAAUUUAAAAUAAUAAUUUAAACUUAAGUCUUAAACAGACUGGAUAGUUUAAAUGUUAACUCAAAAAAUAGACAAGAUCAGUAAUGAGCUAAAGAGUUCUGUAAAAAAAUCCAUUUUGGAGAGAACAGAAAGGUAAAAUUUAUUAUUUUUCCUCACCCUUUGGUGAUGGAACACUCAUUAUUGAAAAUUGUGUUAUCUUUCUUUUACAUGAAACUAUUUUGUACAAAGGAAAAAAAAUCAGUAGCCGGAAGGUAGCCAUUUGAUGGAUUUAGGAGGGUGCGUUGGGUUGAAAGCAUGAUGAAAGGGAAAGAGUUAAUCGGAAAUUUUGCGUUUUACCCGUUCUACGAGCAAAUCAUAAUAUUUCAUGUUUAUAUUUUUGUUUAAAGAGCUUUAAUUUUUUUUAAACAUCCCCUCAUUAAUUACCUACAUUAUACAAUUAAAAUUGUAUGUACUUUUUAGUCUUUCAACUUUGCAUUAUGUCCCAAAGAUGGAGAAAAACUCAAUGUUUCACAAACAGAUUCUUUAAAAGGUGUAGGAACAUUGUGUUGUGAGGCGAAAGAUAAAAAAAUCAUUACAAUGUAUUUUUCGCCUUUGAUUCUCAGUGAGUGAGUAGGGCAAAAAAAGGAAGAUGGGUAAAUUUUAAUUAAAUUAAAAGAAUCUUUUUUCAAGAAGAAAUUCCAUACAUCAAUGUAAUGUGAUAGAAUAGCUCAAAACAUUUUAUAUAUGAUGGAAUUAUCAUUAAACAAAUUGAUGGACUAUUAAUUCUCUAAAGAACUUUCUUGCUCUUGCCGACUGGACCUCUUCGUCCGUUUCGCACAUAGCAAGUGUCCAAUUAGAGGGUGUACCCUUGGUGUAAUAAUAAUACACAUUUGGGGAUCUAAAAAUAACCGAACCCAGAGUUGGGAUCACUCUUUUGUAAAUUAAAAGGACUCCUCAGGCUGAUGAAGGUAGCAGGUUCCGUUGGGAUUUUCUCAGAAAUCAUUUUUUUUACAGUCAUUCAUAUCAUAUAUAGGGGGUGUUUUUAAUAAGAAAAUUCCAUUCAUUUCUUCUCCAUUGCCUUCCUUUGAGAAAUCUUUAAUUUCUCCCAUCCUGUGUCUGCUUAUUUUUGGGUAUUCCACCGUAUUUCUGUCAUUUUCAAUUUAUUAUCUUUUAAGUUCUUAAUGUUGGUAUUUCUCUUUUUUUCUGGUAUAUGUGGUGGUGAUUCGCCAACCCUCAAAAUUGAAUGGUUUUCUGUCUUCCUUCCUCUGUUGGGUGAGAGAGAUAUUGAAUCGAUUUACGAUGGGGGUAUUUGGUGGGUGGGAAAUGGGAAACAAUUGUGGUUUUCAGGGCAGAAAUGUUAGAUAUAAUUUUUGAAAUGAGUGAUGGUAAUGUCCGUGAAAGGGGAGAUGGGGUAAAAGUUGUGUUGUAUAGAUAGAAAGUGUAGGCGAAAAUGGACAUUAUUGUUCAAAUAUUCAGCCAAACAAUAUGAAGCAAUCUUGUAAUGAGGAUAUAAUGGAUAGGAGAAUGAGGCGAUAGAUAAGAGAAAGAGAGAGAGAGAGAGAGAGAGAAAGUAAAAGAGGCACUAGAAAAAAUCUAGAAUUUCGCAUUGAUUCUUCAAGGAAGUUGUAUGUGAAGAAGGUCAUUCAUCUCUUUAAGGACAUACCAUAAAUUUGGAUUUGACGCACUGUUUAGUUUUCAAUUUUGUCCUUAAUUUAAUAUAUAAGAACAUUCAACAUGGAAUUUAGGUCUUUUGAUGAUUUUUUUUUCUUCUUCGAGGAAUGCGUGCGCUUUUUAUCUUACAAAAUCAUCCCCUACUUAUUUCAAAAUAUAUAGUAUGGUACCUACAUAUAUAUUUUUUUCCUUUCCGAACUGCCUGUUUGCUCCACAAAUUAUUUAUAUUCUUCCCGAGUUGUUCUUUGAUUCCAUUUGAGGGUAGCAUUUCGAAUGAAAUUUCUCUUCAAAAUAUCAUACAAUCGAGAGUUAUGAGUUCAUUCUCUUGGUGCCUCAUACAAAAAUUGUAUAUAAUUUUCUCCAGGAAAAUUGCCUCAAUAGAGGUUGUGUAGUGUAUACAUAUAUGGGAGAGAAUAUGGAGCUCUCGUGAAGUGAAAGAUAAGAAAUUUCGUGAGGUUUUAUUUUGUUACAAAGGGGGUAGGGGUUGUGGGGAAAGAUAGAAAACGCAAAGUGAAAUUCAAUAUCAAUUUUCAACAUUGGUGCUGAUAACCAUUACAAAAUAAUGAUGUAAAUUUGAAUGUUACAUUAAAUUGGUAUAAAAUAUGUAUUUUAUAGAAGGUAUAUAUUCUCAUAUCAAUGUCAAAAUAUUCGUUAAAGUAUCGAAAGAAAAAAAAAAGAAGUUUGUUAAUUUUAAAUUUAAAGAUUUAUCAUUUUAUUUUCAUCACAAUUUUCAAUCAAUUUUCUGAAAUUCACUUCUGGAUCUGAAGGGUACUUCCCAGGAUAAUUUUUCUGCUGAACCUCUGAAAAAAUGAGAGUCCUUUUUGAUGCUGAUCACAGCAAUUUGUGUGCCCUCUUGAUUAAAAAUCCAUCAUAUUUCCGACUCUUGAAUUACUUCCACAACGUUAGAGCUUUCAGGGAGGGCGGAUAUUCAUUAAAAUAAUGAUUCCUUUGUACAUUAGGGCUCCACUACUGUUCCAAUAUUUUUGUUCAUUUCCAUACUUAUAGGCUACACAAAAUACAAAUUAGGAAAUAUUUUUAUUCAGUUGUCUUCAGGCUUAAGAAUUUAUUGGGCUUUUUCCGCCUUGUUUGAUUUAUUUAAUUAAUUACCAAAUUAAUAAAGCACCCAAUUACCUUCUAUUAAUUAGAAAAAUUAACACUCUUGACUUAACACCUUCCUAAACAUAAAGUUACAAAAGAAAAGAAAUGUAUUGCAUUGCAAUAAAUCCUAGACUGUGAUAUCUUCUUCCACUCUGCUGCUUCUCUUCUUCCCUUCGCAAAUUUUAAGAAUACAUAUAUGUAUAUCAGAGUGCUUUUGGUGGCUCAUUCCAUCUUCUUAUCUCUCUAUUGUGCCAAAUAAAUUAUUCAGUACACCAAUUGUGACGAGUCUCGGUAACAAGGAGUUGAAGGAAAGGGAUUCCUGUCUUUCUUAUUUGGAUCUUGACGGGGAAAAAGGAAGGAUGUUGUGUAUAAGAUGUGUGGAGAUUUUUUUCCAGGAUUUUUGAAGAAAUAUAUUACUUAUACUACAUUCUGUAGAGAAUUAUAUAUAAUUUAUCAUUCACAGCUAUAUGACUUUUGUUCAAUUUUUUUUAGAAAUUGAUUCACCUCAAAUUAAGGUAAUUGCGACUACAUUGUAGAGCAAUUAAAUAUUAAUGUUUUAAUGUAAAAUUGCUGUAAUACAUUUUCAUGGUAAAAUGUCUUACUUCUUUAACCUCUAUGUAGAAAUUUAAUAUUCUCUAUAGCAUAGGUAGUAAAUUGAUGGGCAUGUGUGGUGAAAAAUAAUUGCAGUAGAUCCUAUUAAAAUUAUACUUGGAGUUGGUUGUGGCAAAAUGCUAAAGUUUUUCACGGGAGAGUAGGGGUUGUGAAAUGUGGGGGUGUCUCACAGUGUCUAUGGAGUGCGUAAUUUGCAUAUUUGAGUAUCUAAAUAUGGAAGAAUUCUCUCAAUGAAAAUUUUAUCAGACAAUUUCUAAUGCCACACACAUGAUAGUUUUCUACGAAGUUUCGGUCGAACUAAAUGGGGGAGAGUUUAGGCUAGAAAGGAUGAUUGAGGGGGGAAUAAAAGUAUUUUGUGACAUGGGAAGGAUGGGUGGGGGGGGUGGAUCUCAUGAUAAGGGGUUUGACUGGAAAAUCACAUUGAAAAACACAGUGGAGACGUGUGUCGAUUUCAUGUCACAUCACACUUGUGGAUAAAUUCAACAACUGUAUGUGGAUUUUCCACAUUGUGUUUUAUUGAAAAAGGAAGAAGCGGAAAAAAAAGAAAGAAAAGGAAGUGAAAGGGAUAAAGGAUAAAGGACUGAAAAUCAUGAAAAUAUACUUUUCCAAGAAAAAGAAGAAAAAAGCUCCUUCUUAACAUUAGGAGUAUGGGGGGAAUAAAAUGCUUAGAGAUGGGAAGAUCCCAUUUAUUUUCUAUCGCCUUCUAAAACCAUUAUGAUGCAUGAUGUGAUGAAGUAAAAAUGUUUAUAUCAACCAGCACGACACAGAAUCGUGAAGAUGGCGAUGAGAGAAAAAAAAGUUGAAUAAAUUGUGUUUUUCAAGCGAAUUCUUCAGGAUGUUGUCAUUACAACAUCUCUCAAGUACCUAUGCUGUAGUAUAGAGUAGCUUAGCGUGGCCUUUCGGCUUUAUAGAUAUAAAAACAUUGAGAUUGUGAACUUUAAGAGUUGAUGCAUAAGCAUUGUGAUAAGAGUGGGGGAUUUUGGAGGACAUUUUGUAAUUUAAUUGCUCUUAAAGGUGAUAAAAAUUUUAUACGUCAUGUGAAUUACAAAAAUUCCACGUAAUUCUGCAUCUUGCAGUAAUUAGGUUAUAUUCCUCUUGUAGAUGUUCUUUGACUAUUAAAAUGCUGCAGCAUGAAUUGCAAAAUCGGACGUAGAAAAAAAUAAUAGGUAAUAACAGUGAUGUAUUUGCAAUGAAGAAUUUCAUCAUGCAGAUUACCCACGCUACAGUGUGUCCCGGUAAAACUGCUCAAAUUGUUAUUUUGUUUCUCUUUAAUGCCCUUAAUUGCUUUAAUGCUCUUUAAGAUUUAUCAUAAAAGUUAAUUAAUUAAAAGAAAUUAAACAAAAUAUUUUUAAACUAAUAUAAAAACAUCACAGGUUACAAAAGAGACACAAACGUUAGAAAAAAAAACGUCAAAUGUUCGAAAAAAAUGUUAAACGUUAGAGAAAUGUCAAAUAUUAAAAACAAAACGACAAACGUUAGAAAAAGACAUCAAACAAAAUUGCAGAAAUCGUUAGGUUAAUAAUUGUAAAUUUUUUCUUUUAAUCUACUUUUAAUAUUCUUUAGAAAAAAAGACUUUUCUUAAAGUACAUUUAAACAAUUUCUGGGCUACGUCCCUGAUAGACUUUCAGCUUUCAAAGGCUCUCCUAAUAAAACUUUUCCAAAUUUUUACCUAUUUUUUUGAAAAAGUAAAUACACAACUAAAAGCAUAAAAAAUAUUUCAUUUAUAUUUUCUUAACAGUUUCGAAGAGACAUCCUCGGCAUAUGUAUGUAGCGUAUGGCUUUUUGUACAUUUUUUAAUAUUCAUGUGUUGGGAAAUCGAUAGGGGUAAAUUGUCAUGAGAAGAGGGUAGUGUAGUGGAGUAAUGGUGGGAGAAAGGGAAUAUUUUAUAAAGCGAUAUACACACCUGAAUUCUUUAGGGGGUGGUAGAUUGCUGUUAGCAUGGAGGGGUAUGUAUUGGAAGUAUAGAUAGAACAUUAGAUGGGUUUGUGGUGGCGCGAGUGCACGCGGGAGGAGGGGAUGAAAAAAAACCAAAAGGAUAUGAGAACAACGAAGAAUGGAAGAAAAUUGCGGCCUAUAUGAUUGGAAAGUGCCAUUAUUGGAAAUUGAAUUAUUUAUUGUUACACAGACAAGGUGUUUUCUCACCAACUUAGGGGGAAAAUGCGCUUACAUUGUAACUUUGUUAAAAGAAAAACUUCAAUGAUUUUUUUUUAGUAAUUUUUAAUAUAACGCGAAUAAUUUUUAAUUUUAUUAAGUCGUUGAAGUUUGCACAAACAUUGAAUUCAACAGAAUUUCCACCCUAUUUGGCAAAAAGCACGAAAAAGGGGAUGAUUUUUGUAAUUUCUUUCAAUUGAAUUUAGCUGUGUGGAAGUUAAUUAGCAGUUUUCGUUAAUUGCCCAGGACUAUGUGCUGGGGUAUGAGGGAAUUUUUCCAGCUUACAAACAAUUAUUUUGUCGUUCUUUUUCAACAUAUCAUAAAAUUUAUCUCCACACGUGACAUACUUUAUGUAUUUAUGUAUGUGUGUGUGAGUCUCUGGUGCGGAGGGAAAAGUUAUAUAUACCUACAUAGUGAAACAGUGUUUUCCAACUUUUUUUUCAACCUCCAACCCCCAACUCUCGCCACCCCUCACCUCAUAUACUCCCACCCCCUGUUAGCAAGUGAACAUUUUCCAAUAAAUAUAUUACAUGGGUAGUGUAGUGAUCACACAUAGUUUGUUACAUUCAACUAUUGAGUCACACAAAUACAAUGAGAGAAAUUUCUUUUCAGGGAGGAAAAUACACUCAACUUUGCCACCCCAUAAUGGCGCCACUGCACUUAAUUAUUCAUGCUAAACGAUGUCUAACGUGGAUUAUUGCACGACUAUGUUGUUAGAAGAGAAUAUAUUGUGUGAAGCAUGAGUUGAAUGUGAUUCUAAUAUUGCACAAGUGGUGUGUAGCUGUGUAGGGGAUACCUUUCGCCUCCUCCCAACCUUUCUACCGUGUUUCUCUUCCUCUUUUCUUGCAAUAUUUAUUGAGAAGAAGAAGACUACGUCAUAAUUGUUUUGUUUCCUUGCUCCAACAGAAUAUGAAUAAGAAUAGAUAUAGGGGGAGGAUGUAUGUGUUUGGUAUGAGCUAUAAUGUUGAAUGGAUAUAGGAUAAAUUUUUGUAAAAAUACCAUUAAUCCUCCUCUUCUCUUUAUCCUUUUUUUUCUCUCUGCACAACCCUCUUGCACAGGGUGGUACACCAUCUAAUUUAACAGAGUAUUCUUUACAUUCAUAAAUUAUGUUGGGAAAAUUAUGUAUUGUGCUGCAUUUUACGCGGUUUUUCUUUUAAAUUUUAUGAGAAAGAAAUAAAAAUUAAAUUACAUUUGAUAUUCAUGUUUGCGUCCACCGCAAACUUAACAGGAUAAAUUGUUACUUGAUGGCUUUAAGAAAACAGCAGGAAAUAUUUAAAUUUAAAUAAAAUUUCUGGAUAGAUUUUAUGUUGAAUUGAAAUAAAGAAUUCUUCUAGUGUAGAGUUCUCAUCACCCUGUAUACCAUCCAAUGAAUGAUGAGGACAUGUUAUGUGAGUACGAAUUUUUUGAGAGAUUUUUCCCCGAAAAAAUAUGUAUACCGGAGAGAGAAAGAAUGCCAUAACAUGGAAUGUUGUUUGCAUUGUAUGUUGCCUAAAUAAAACAAUUAAUCAUUUCUGUCACUCCUAAUUCCACGCUAUAUUGCACUUCCAUUGAAUGACAAUGCAACAUUAUCUAAAAAGGAUGUAAAAAUUCUCUCUCAUACACGAAGGAUGAAAUAUAAUUUUGUGUGGAAUCCUUUAUAUAUUCAAUGGCAUGAUAUUAUAUAAUAAUUUUUGUAAUUUAUAUGAGCAAAUUCGUGGACAAAUCAUUCGUGAUAUUUGUUGCCUUUGAAAAUUUGUUGGGUUAUAUAUGAUUAUUGAUUGAAUUUUCAUCUUUUUCCCAUUUUUCCUAUUUGCGUGGGGGGUUGGGGAAUGUUCUUUUGUGACACUUUUACCACCAAUUUGAUUGAUAGCAUUUGAAUUGUGUGGUGUAAAUUAUCAGCGAUUUAACCCCUUUUCAUGGGGUUGCCUUUGAGGGAAACUCUUGUGGUAUAUGUAUAGAGUUCUCAAUAGAUGGGGAUUUCUAUGGAUGAAUCAACAGAUAACAUGGUUUUUAUGUUUUUUUUUUAACAAUACACAAAAGCUAUUGAAUUUUUAAUUAAAAUGUCAUUUGAAAAUCUACAAUUUAGUCCAAAUGGAUGUUUUUUUGUUUGAAGUUUUAUGUUUCACAGUGAAUUUUCAAAAUUUUAAGAAUAAAGGAUAGAUUCUGACAUGACUUUACUUUUGAUUUUUUAUAUUUUCUCAGAAGCUUUUGACACAAAAAUAGAGAAAAAAAACUUGUAGAAAAUUCUUAGAUUGAUGUGACAUCAGAAUUUAACUACAAUCAAAAGCUAAUAAAGAACAAAUUAUCACUUAAGUUUAAUCAUUAUUAUAAUUCAAAUUGAAAUCCAAAGUUUACCUCAUAGCUGCAAUGUGAGAAAACAAUUAACUAAUUAGCAGGGAAUAAUUGUUGUUUAUUUCAUUUGAAAACUACACGAGUUAUUUGUAUAAUUCUCAUUUAAUUCAAUAAUACGAAGGAUUUAAAUUGUCCUUACUAUGCAACGAAUAGUGAAUGCUGUACGUACAGUCGCCUAAUUAUAAGCGUAAUGCUAAUGGAGCGUCUCGUUCCGAAGCUCCAUGACUUUCAUUUAUGUGAGAAUAUUUAAAUGACUUUUUAAAUAAUUUAUUUAUUCAAAGAUAUUUUUCAAUGACAAUCCAAAGUAUAUACUCAACAUUUAGAAAUUCAACAAAACAAUCGAUGAUAUAGGACAAAAUAUUUAUUGAAUAUGCCUCAUUCGUUCCGAAGCUUUCGAAGCUUUCAAUCAUGAAAUGAUUGCAGAUUUUCUGGAUAUGGAUGAGAGAGAGAGAGUGUGUGUAGAGAUAUUGCGGGAAAAUGAUUUUCUGUGGGAAGUUAUAUCGAGAAUAAAAAAAGAGUUUUGGAUUCUCCCCAAAUUUGAUUGUGUCUUUGUUUCACUUGUAUAUAUAGAAUGGAAUAUUGGCUUCGUUUGUAUGCCUUCAAUCAAGCAAUUUAGUGUAGCUGUAUUGGCUCCUGUAUUUUCUCUAUCGUAUAUAGAGUCAAUUGUCCUUUUUCAAGUGAAUUCAUCCACGCAUUGGAGGAGAAAAAAAACGAUUUUUUCUAUAUCGGUUUUCCUAUACGAUAGUGCCUUCAAUAUGUAAUUGUCUAUGUGGGAAAACGUGGUGGUGGGUAUGACGAGGAGAGGUAGUUUGAUGGAAAAGGAUGGAAUUUUUGUGUAUAUGCACUGGGUGACUAUGGAAAAUAGUUUUUCAUUUUUACCCCACCACACACUUUUACUUCAUCAUAGUAAGAAAUAUAUUGUAGCAAUCAACCUACCCCUAUUUUCAUCGGUUUUGAUAAAUGGCAAUCGGAAACUGAUUCUCGUCAGUUUUCUCUUUACCUUUGGAUAAAACAGAUAGCUGGAGAGAAAAGGGAAAGAAUUCCUUUAUUGCAAGAAAAUUUUGAAAAAGUUUUUUUACUAGCUGUAAAAGAGAAAAAUCUUUUUUUUUUUUAACUUUUCAAAAAAUUUUCCUGUUUUGUACAUAAAAAUAUUUUUACUAAAGCAAAGAGUGUUCCUCUUAAAUUUAAAAAAAAAAGUGAUUUUAAUAAGAUUUAAAUUAAAGGAAAAGUGUCUAAAACUUGUAGAAUUAAUUUUAUGGAGAUACAAUUAUAUAUGGACGCUUAAAGUGGUGACCUUUUUUCAGAAAAAAUAAAUGUUAAGUGAUUAUCCCUACGAAGAGGAGCAAGAUAUCCAAAUUGAAAAGUCAAACAUGAAGCGUGAUGCAGGUUCGGACGGCGAAGGGCCAAACAAGAAGAUUCGAAAGAAUGAUGAAGUGAUUCGCUUGUUGAUCCCAAGCAAGAUCGCAGGCGCAAUCAUUGGGAAAGGUGGCCAGAACAUCCAAAAGCUGCGUGCUCAGUAUAAAGCCACUGUGUCUGUCGACGAUUGCCAAGGUCCCGAACGUACGGUUCUCAUAUCAUCUGACAUGGAGUCUGUGUGUAACAUUUUGGCGGAAAUGCUGAAAAAUUUCGAAGGGAAAGAGGAUGGUGAAAUUGAUCUCCGUUUGCUCAUCCAUCAAAGUCUCGCCGGAUGUGUGAUUGGCAAGUCUGGGAGCAAAAUCAAGGAGUUGAGAGAUAAAAUUGGAUCCCGUAUCAAAAUCUUCUCGAACCUUGCACCACAGAGUACAGAUAGAAUUGUCCAGAUUCUUGGAAAACCGGAUCACUGUAUUGAUUCAAUUAAAGAGAUUGUUGGUCUCCUAAAAUCGACGCCAGUUCGUGGGCCAGUACACAACUACGAUCCCCUCAAUUUCGAUGAUGUUUAUUCCGAGGAGUACGGCGGCUAUGGGUCAAGCGGUGGCGGCAAUGGCUUCCGGAAUGGAGGUCGCUUCGGCGGCAAUACACGCGGGGGUGAUCGUGGGGGUAUGGAUCGCUUCGGUGGGGAUCGUGAACGUCGCGAUAUUGAACGCAAUCGCGGUGGUGGCCCAAUGGGUCGUAUGGAGAGUCGUGGUGAAUUCCCUGAUCCCUGGGCAAGGCCCCCAAUGGGCAAUGGUGGCCCAAUGGGUGGCAAUAGCCCCAACAUGAAUAUGCCAAUGGGUGGUAUGAGCUACGGUGGCGGAAUGGGCAAUGGUGGCGGCUCUGGUGGCACCGGUGGUGGAUCCGGCAUGGGAAUGGGUGGAAGUAUGGGAGGCGGCAAUAUGGGUAGCGGCGGCAUGGGCAGCAGCUUUGGCAUGGGGAGCGGCAGUGGUGGAGUUGGUGGAAAUAUGGGCAACAUGGGUGGAAAUAAUGGUGGCCCUGGAUCACUUGAGAUGGAUAAGAGCACAACUCAAGUCACAAUACCCAAAGACUUGGCUGGUGCAAUUAUUGGAAAGGGUGGCGGACGCAUUCGUCGUAUUCGUACCGAGUCAAAUGCAUUCAUAACAAUCGAUGAACCACUCCCUGGAUCAAAUGAUCGCAUCAUUACGAUCACUGGUACACCAAAGCAAAUACAAACAGCUCAGUAUUUGCUGCAGCAGAGCUCCCGGAUGCCAAUGACUUCUAUAUCAUCACACACAACUUAAAGUACAUACACGGCGACAUCGAUCACGUGUUCAUGAGAAUCGGAGGAAAUUCUAAAUGAUGUUGAGCAUCACACAAAAAAAAAACAGAAGAGAAGGAGGAGAAAGUUGUGGGCAGAGUUAGGUGAAAGGGGUGGCGAAUGAUGUGUAGUAGAUUGUAGGAAGGAAAAAAGAGGAUGAGAUGAGGAGAAAAACCAAGGGAGGAUAUCUCUAGAGUUAUUUUUUCUAUUAUAUAUAUAUUGAAACUAAUUGCCAGUUUAUCGUGUUUAUUACACUCAUCUACAUACAUAAUAAAAUGGAAAGAAACAAGAAAAAAAAGAGAGAGAAAUAGAGGAUGGAGAAGAAGAAAAAAAUCCCCACCAUACUGGUCUGCUCUAUAUUACAUUUAAUAAUUAUGAUUAAUUAAGUAUAAAUACUUUUUAUUAUUUUCAUGGGAGAGAAAAGGAAAGGUAAAAACGAAGAAGAAUACCAUGAGCUUAUGGAAGAGCUAUCUAGCUAGAGAGAGGUGGAAUAAAAGAGAGAAAAAAUGCUCUAUUGUGUGUCAGUUUUCUCAUAGCAAUGAGAAUUUUUUUUCGUCGAUUUUUCUCCCAUAAUUUUCCGUUCUUUUUCCCUUCUGGCAAUGAACAAUUUUGUGCGUCACUUUCUACGGUUCUAAUAUGUAUACCUUUUCCUCCUCCCUCCAUGUACUUUCUUCCUUUAUUAUUCACAAGAACAAAAGUACAAUAUUAAAUAAAAAGAAGGAAAAAAAAGCAGAUAAAACUUCACAUCAUUGUGUUGGAAAAAAAUAUAUUAAACAUUUUUUUUCAAACAAAUAUUCUAAAUUCUUUUUUUUAAACCACUUAAAAAUUCUUUUCAAUUUAAAUAAAAAAAGCAAAUAAUAGCACAAAAA